ACCCUUCUGACGCAAAUAUAGCUUGAACAAAGCUAGGGGUUAAGGUUCCGAAGUCAAAUGUGGUUUCGCUAUUAGUAUUAGAUCAGAUCCACUUAGAGCAAGCAUGCGCAUAUGCUGUGGGAAUUGGUGUCCGUGAAAGAUCAUCCAUCUCCCGAAGAUUGCUUGAGAAAGAUCCAAUUUUUCUACUGCCCAACAGUUCCCACUGCACUUUUCCUGGCUGGAGGUUGAUAUCCAAUGUCGAGGAUUACUAUUGGUGGGAAAGUUGUAGACUCUGUUGAUUUGUUGAAGACGAGACAUCUGAUAUGGUGCUUGGAUGUUUUACCCUUUGCUAUUCUAUAUGUUGCAUGGCUAAUCACUGCUGUUCCUGUCCUGGACUUUUUGGAUGCUACAAUACUUCUCGGUGGCCUAAUUGUUAUUCACAUUCUUGUGGCUCUUUUCACAGUCUGGUCUGUUGACUUCAAAUGUUUUGCUCACUAUGCUAAGGUGAAAGAUAUUCACCUUGCAGAUUCGUGCAAAAUUACUCCAGCAAAGUUUUCUGGGUCAAAAGAGAUUGUGCCAAUUCAUUCAAGGAAAAUUGUUGCAGGUUCCACAUCUUCAGUAGAUAUCGAAGAAAUUUAUUUUGAUUUUAGAAAGCAGCAGUAUAUCUAUUCGAACGAGAAGGAUACAUUUUUCAAUCUUUCUUACCCUACCAAAGACUCAUUUGGCUAUUACCUGAAAAAUACUGGCCAUGGAUCUGAAGCCAAAGUUCUUGCUGCUAAUGAUAAGUGGGGAAGGAAUAUCUUUGAAUAUCCUCAGCCAACUUUCCAGAAAUUAAUGAAGGAGCAGAUAAUGGAACCCUUUUUUGUAUUUCAGGUCUUCUGUGUGGGUCUUUGGUGCCUGGAUGAAUUCUGGUAUUACAGUUUGUUCACUCUGUUCAUGCUGUUCAUGUUUGAGUCCACAAUGGCAAAGAGUCGAUUGAAGACUCUGACAGAGCUUAGACAUGUGAGAGUGGAUAACCAGACUCUGAUGGUGCAUCGUUGUGGCAAAUGGGUUCAACUUGCUGGGACGGAACUUCUUCCUGGUGAUGUGGUUUCCAUUGGUCGCUCUAGUGGACUUGAUGGAGAAGAUAAGUCUGUUCCUGCUGACAUGCUCAUUUUGUCUGGUAGUGUCAUUGUAAAUGAAGCCAUCUUGACUGGAGAGUCUACUCCGCAAUGGAAGGUUUCAAUAAUGGGAAGGAGCUUGGAGGAAAACUUAUCAAUCAGACGAGACAAAAGUCAUGUCCUUUUUGGUGGGACAAAGAUAUUGCAGCAUUCACCAGACAAGACCUUUCCUCUUAGAACCCCAGAUGGUGGCUGUUUGGCAGUAGUUCUACGGACAGGUUUUCAGACUAGUCAAGGAAAACUAAUGAGGACCAUUUUAUUUUCCACUGAGAGGGUCACUGCUAACAGCUGGGAAAGUGGGCUUUUCAUUUUAUUCUUGGUCGUAUUUGCUGUAAUAGCUGCUGGCUAUGUGCUCAAAAAGGGAUUAGAGGAUCCAACAAGGAGCAAAUACAAGCUUAUCUUGAGUUGUUCACUAAUUAUCACUUCAGUCAUACCCCCUGAGCUGCCAAUGGAGUUAUCAAUAGCUGUUAAUACGUCUUUAAUUGCACUUGCUCGAAGAGGGAUAUUCUGUACUGAGCCAUUUCGAAUUCCUUUUGCUGGGAAGGUUGAUUUAUGUUGUUUUGACAAGACUGGAACACUUACUUCAGAUGAUAUGGAAUUCACUGGUGUUGCUGGGACCACUGAUCAAGUGGAUCUAGAGACUGAUAUGGCUAAAGUUCCCUUACGUGCUUUGGAAAUUCUGGCUUCAUGCCAUGCUUUGGUUUUUGUGGACAACAAGCUGGUUGGAGAUCCUCUUGAAAAGGCAUCUCUGAAGGGUAUAGAUUGGACAUAUAAGUCUGAUGAGAAGGCCAUGCCAAAGAAGGGAGGUGGUGACAUUGUGCAGAUUGUGCAGAGACACCACUUUGCUUCUCACUUAAAAAGAAUGGCGGUAGUUGUUCGUACCCAAGAGCAGUUUUUUGCGUUUGUGAAGGGUGCUCCAGAAACAAUUCAGGAUAGGCUUGUUGAUCUGCCUCCUUCAUAUGUGGAGACCUAUAAGAAGUACACACGCCAAGGUUCUCGUGUUUUGGCCCUUGCUUUUAAGUCCAUACCUGAAAUGACAGUUAGUGAAGCUAGAAGUUUGGAUAGAGACGAUGUAGAGAGUGGGCUAACUUUUGCAGGAUUUGCGGUGUUCAAUUGUCCUAUUAGAGAAGAUUCAGCCGCUGUUUUAUCUGAAUUAAAAGGCUCGUCCCAUGAUUUGGUGAUGAUCACUGGUGAUCAAGCUUUGACAGCUUGUCAUGUUGCUAGCCAAGUCCACAUAGUGUCGAAACCAGCAUUGAUUCUUACCCCAGUAGUGGGCGGGUCUUUUGACUGGGUUUCACCAGAUGAGACUGAGAUCAUAAGCUACAGUGAUAAAGAGGUUGAAGCGUUGUCAGAUUCCCACGACCUCUGCAUUGGAGGCGACACUAUCGAAAUGUUGCAGAGAACUUCUGCAGUCCUGAAAGUCAUUCCUUUUGUUAAGGUUUUUGCAAGGGUUGCUCCUGAGCAGAAGGAACUAAUAAUGACCACGUUUAAGACAGUGGGAAGGAUAACAUUGAUGUGUGGUGAUGGAACUAACGAUGUUGGAGCGCUAAAACAGGCACAUGUUGGAGUUGCUCUGUUGAAUGCAAUUCCUCCGGCUAAACCCGUAGAGUCUUCAACAUCAAGUAAAAAAGAAGAUCCCGAAUCCGCAAAGCUAAAGAAACCAGUACUAGAUAAUGUGAAGGGUGAAGAAGAGGAACCUUCAAAGAGCAAAGCCCUAGAAAAAUCUGCCUCCACCAGUCAAACGCCUGCCAACCGACACUUGACCGCAGCCGAAAUGCAAAAACAGAAGUUACAGAAGCUCAUAGAUGAGAUGAACGAGGAUGGAGGCGAUGGACGAUCAGCCCCCAUCGUUAAGCUCGGCGACGCUUCAAUGGCGUCGCCCUUCACAGCAAAACACGCGUCGGUUGCCCCCGUAACAGAUAUCAUACGUCAAGGAAGAAGUACACUGGUAACUACCCUCCAAAUGUUCAAAAUUUUAGGUCUCAACUGUCUGGCCACUGCUUACGUGCUAAGUGUCAUGUACUUGGAUGGAGUGAAACUCGGCGACUUUCAGGCUACAAUAAGCGGAAUCUUCACAGCGGCCUUCUUUUUAUUCAUUUCCCACGCUCGUCCCUUACCGGUCCUUUCGGCGGAACGGCCCCAUCCAAAUAUAUUCUGCUUCUAUGUCUUCUUAUCGCUUCUGGGCCAAUUUGCAAUCCAUUUGUUCUUCCUUAUAUCGUCCGUGAACGAGGCUCAAAAGCAUAUGCCUGAAGAAUGCAUCGAGCCAGACUCCAGCUUCCACCCGAACCUGGUGAACACGGUUUCGUACAUGGUGAACAUGAUGAUACAGGUGGCGACUUUUGCCGUGAACUAUAUGGGGCAUCCUUUCAACCAGAGCAUAUCGGAAAACAAGCCGUUCCGUGUUGCUCUAUUGGGAGCUGUUGUUUUCUUUGUGGUGAUUACCUCGGAUUUGUUCAGGGAGUUGAACAAUUGGUUGAAGCUGGUUCCUUUGCCUGUUGGUUUGAGGAACAAGCUGUUGGUUUGGGCGUUCUUGAUGUUUUUUGUGUGUUACGGUUGGGAGAGAUUUUUGAGGUGGGCUUUUCCUGGGAAGAUACCUGCUUGGAAGAAGCGCCAAAGGAAGGUGGCUUCUAACUUGGAGAAGAAGAAGAAGAGAUAGUCGUUUAGUUGGUUGGUUGGUCAUUUGAAGAGAAAGUUUUUGGUUUAAUAUUAUUAUUUAUUAAUUAACUGUAGCAGCUGAAUUGUUGUAUUCAUUCAUUUUCACUACCAAAUUGAAAUUGAGUUCAUAUUUUACAUUACAAUUGAGUUCAUAUCUGCA